AUGCCGUUCUACAGGCGCACGGUGGUGCCCCAGCGCCUGUGUCCGCGCAACUCGCCACAGCCCCUUGCCGAGCUCCGCGACGUGAGCCACCUGGCCGCGCUCAGCCUGCUCCGGCAGCUCGCUGAUCUCUGUGGCCACUCGCUGGCUCUGCUCGAGGACCUCGAGGGGCACCUGCUGGCCCUGGGGCGACGCACCGACAGUCUGUUUCGGCGCACAGUGCGGCUCCGCCGCCGGCUUCCCUGCCGCCUGCUUCGCUCUGAGGACGACGAGGAAGAGCUAGCUGCAGCUAACUCGGGUCGGGAAAAUGCGACAGCGACUGCCCACUCGAGGUCGUCAUGGCGACAGCCAGUGAACGUGUUCCUCUCCUCGGGCAGGCCCCAGAGUGUAGAAGAGCUGCUUCGCGAGGCGCAGCUCAAUCUCCAGAGCCUGUUGCAAGAAGAAUUUGAGGAACAGUACUCCGAGGCCAGACUUCUGGGGCAGACCUUCCGCUCUUCAGAUGAGGCCCCCAGGCCCACCCCCAGCCCAAGGCCCCAGUCUGCCAGGCGUGUGGAGUUUGUAUUGAUGCCUACAAAACAGCAGCUGAGUGAGGAUGAGACCACCACCCAGGGUGUGAGGGCCCCUGAGGCCGUGCUGGGCCUGCCUACCACAGCCGUCAAGCAAACUGCCUGGAAUAGCCCCUUCCCUCUGCCCAUCCUAGAGGACAAGCGGUGGCCUCAGCCUUGCUCCACACAGUCUGACAUUGUGCCCAUCAAUGUCUCUGGGCAGCAGUUUGAUAAACAUGCAAGUUUGCGACACUCCUUGUUUAACACAGAAACAGCCGUGAACCCUAAGUCCACCCUGAGGCGGAGGCGGACCAUUAUUGGAUUCUCUAACUUUUCCCAGCGAGACCAAGGUCACAGCAACAGCCCAGCAGGCAGUGUGGCUCACCCUACCACCUCCAACAUCAGGCCCAGUCACUCAGUUUUGGAAGGUGUUCAUGGAAGAGUUGCCGUUGGUCCGGAAGCUCAGUUCCCAAGUCUCACAUCACCAGUACUGAGAAAUCCUUCAAGUGAGUCAGAAGAACCUCCCCAGGCACAGAGUGGUCCAAACCCUCCUGGCAUGGAGAGCAUGGGAAUGGUGUACAGUGUCCCAAAUUCUUGCAAUGGACCAGCAGAAUCAAUGUUCUCCACUUCCUGGAAGGGAGAUGCUUUUACCUACAUGACUCCAUGUGCCCCCAGCCAGAGAAAUCAAGUCAAUGAAGAUGGAAAAAAUCCUUCCUCUGGGAAUUCUUGGGUCUCUCUGAACACACUCCCACCUCUGGUUACUAAGGAGGCUGCUACCCUCUUCGUCACUCGUGAUAAUCCAACAGGAUGCAGUGGGUUAACUGGCUAUUCUGAGCACCCUACUCAACGAAGGCAAAUACAGGAAAGACCCUCCAAGAUUGGUCUUUUGACUGGUCCUACCUCAAAGCUGGAGACAGGCCCACGUGGGACCAGCAGAUUCCGGGAGCGGUCGCUGUCUGUGCCUACAGACACAGGUGCCACAGAUGUGGACUACGAUGAGGAGCAGAAGACCAAUGAGGCCUGUGCCCUGCCUUACGCCAGUACAAGUUCUGAGGGCAGCAACAGUGCUGACAACAUUGCCUCCCUUAGUGCCGAACAGGAGGCCCGGCCCAGAAGGCAGAGGUCCAAGAGUAUCUCACUUAAGAAGGCAAAAAAGAAGCCUUCCCCACCAACACGUAGUGUCUCACUGGUCAAAGAUGAGCCAGUCCUCUUGCCAGAAGGGGGGUCCACGCUACCCAAGGACCAGAGGCCCAGAAGCCUUUGCCUCUCCUUGGAAUACCAAGGACAUCACUCAUGCCACCUAGAUGCUCAGGGUCACCCAGCUGUGCCAACCCUCAAAGAUUCAGAAGGUACACAAUUCUCCCACCACUGGUAUCUAACUGACUGGAAGUCUGGUGACACCUACCAAUCUUUGUCCAGCUCCAGCACUGCUACUGGCACCACAGUCAUUGAGUGCACCCAAGUUCAGGGCAGCUCAGAGUCUCUUGCCUCCCCUUCUACCUCCAGAGCCACUACACCUUCCCAACUCUCCAUUGAGGUGGAGGCUAGAGAGGUAUCCUCCCCAGGAAGGCCCACUGGACUGAUGUCACCCUCCAGUGGCUACUCCAGCCAGUCAGAGACACCAACUCCCACCGUCUCCAUGUCCUUGACCCUGGGCCACUUACCCCCUCCAAGCAGCAGUGUCCGAGUACGUCCAGUGGUACCUGAGAGGAAGUCAUCACUGCCCCCAACAUCACCAAUGGAGAAAAUUCCCAAGUCACGGCUAUCAUUUGACCUACCGUUGACCCCUUCAACCAACCUGGAUCUAUCUGGGAUGAGUAUCUCCAUUAGAAACAAAACCAAGGUGAGCAGGCAUCACUCAGAUACAAAUUUUGGAGCUAAGCUGGCCCAGAAAACUAGUCCCAACCAGCCAAUCAUGCCCAUGGUUACUCAGUCCGACCUACGUUCUGUUCGCCUGAGGUCAGUCAGUAAGUCAGAGCCAGAAGAUGACAUUGAGAGCCCUGACUAUACUGAGGACUCCAAAGCAGAAGUCCUCACCUUGCCAGAGAGAAAGAUGAAACCUCCCAUAGCUGAGAAGCCUCCACUUGCCCGAAGACCUCCAAGCUUGGUCCACAAGCCACCAUCUGUUGCCGAGGAAUACCCACUAACUUCACCGACUUUGACUAUGACCCCCAAGAGCUCAAUUCAACAUGGGAGACCAAUAUCUCAAGACAGCUACACAGUAGUGCGAAAACCAAAGUCCUCCAGUUUCCCCAAUGGCAGAAACCCAAGCGAGUCGACAACACCCUCAUCUCUUGUUUUUACACCUUUUGUCAGUUCCUCUGGUGCUUUCUUUUCGGGAACCCAGCAACCUCCCCAAGGAAGUAUGGAGGAUGAGGGCCCCAAAGUGAGAGUCUUGCCUGAAAGAAUUAGCCUCCAAAGUCAGGAAGAAGCUGAGAAAAGGAAAGGCAAGAUUCCACCUCCUGUACCAAAAAAGCCCAGCGUGCUGUACCUGCCUCUUACCUACUCCGCAGCCCAGAUGGAGGCCUACAUGGCAGAACCAAGGCUGCAUGUCAGCCCCAUCAUCACCCUCGAGGAAGAUGCCAAGUGUCCCCACACUGAGGAUGGCCUGCGGUCACUUGGUGAAAGGAUGACUUCAACUCCACAGGUUGACAGUGAAAAGAAGGCAAGCCCUUUGGGGAGUUCUGUGGAACCAAGUAUGGAAGAAAAAAGUUUAAUCAGUGAUAAAACAGCUGAAUGGAUUGCAGAGGAUGAUGAUGACGUGUUUGUGGCUUCGCGCACAACUGAAGAUUUAUUUACUGUGAUACACAGGUCCAAAAGAAAGCUGCUUGGCUGGAAGGAGCCUGGUGAGGCCUUUGCCUGCGGCAGACCAAGCUCCCAUUCACCGAUAAAGAACACAGCUGAGUCUCCGAUCAGUGAGUCAGCUGCCACCUCAGGGUCAGGUGGCAGUGCCAACCUAGAUGCUGGCAGAAAUGAUGAUUUCAAGGCCUUGCUACAGAAAAAGGGAAGCAAGGCAACUCCGAAGUCCCGCCCCUCAGCAGCCGAACUGCUGAAGACCACUAACCCACUAGCUCGGAGAAUUAUUGCACAAUUUUCAAAAGACUAUGAAACCACCGAUAACUCCAGUACCUAAGCCCUGGGUUCAACAAGCAGGAUUUACUUACUUAACUUGAUUAGAGAAGAAGUUUUAAAAAGGAACCUUGGGAAUAACAACAGAGCCUACAUUUCUAUUACAUUAACCCACACUCUGGAUGGCAGGAGAGAGGCUACUUCAUCUAGAGCUAAAGUCAACAGGCACUUAAUUAUCUUCAUUUUCAUACUUACAGUCUUGCCUUGACUGACUCCCAAGUUUCUUAUUCUCCCCCAGAGGUGCACACUAACUAAGAAGAAGUUCUCAGAUGUGAGAGCCCAUGUGCCACGUUUUCAAUCAAUGACCCAGCUGCUCCAUCCCUGGCUCCUGUCACUGAGGGGUGCAGUGAGAGAGCAUAUUGGGGGCUGCCAAAUCUGGGGGGUAUAUGGUGCCAUUACUGAUAAUUAAUUAUCCUGGGGAGGUCCUGAUGGCCCUGUGUGGAGAUACAGAAAGACUCUAAUGUCUCCUCAGCCACACUUUAACUUUCCUCCACGUGGAAAGUGCAGGUGUGCACUUAUUUCAGCAUGGGGUUGAUUAGAUGGCUUUUGUGGUGCAAAACAUAAAUGUGACUCUGUCCUGAAACUUCAUGCCUUUCUCAGCUUGAUUGUCUACACGGAGAUCAGGGUGAUAAGCCUCAAUAAACAUAUAGACCCCCCGUUAGUUAGAAAAGGUCAGGACCAUGUUGUUUUGGAUGAACCAGGCUCAGCCAACAAAUGAGACAGCCAUUUGUUCACUCAGAUCUACCCACAGUAAUUCGCAAGUG